AUGAAACAAGCGCUAGAGAACGCGGAAGAUUUUGAAAACUUGAAAGGUAGUAACGCAGAGAUCAAGGACUUCGAGGAUUUGAGAAGCGAUUCAUCUCAAAUUAGAAUGUUUGACACGUGGGAGGACUAUGGCUUAAAAGAAGAUCUGCUAAAAGGAAUCUAUGGUAUAGGAUUUGAAACACCAUCUUUUAUUCAAAAGGCUGCCAUUCAGCCGAUAAUAGAUGGGAGAGAUAUAAGGGCACAAGCACAGAGUGGUACUGGAAAGACCGGCGCAUUUGCUGUAGCGGCGCUUCAAAUAUGUGAUAUGAGCCAGGAUGUCACCCAAAUCCUUGUUCUUGCAUCUACAAGGGAGAUCGCAGCACAAAACGCGGCAAGGUUUGAGGAUCUUGGAUGUUUUAUGGGUGCAAGAGUGGCCCUACUUUCUGGAGGAAGCCCAAUAUCUGCAGACAAGAUGGCACUGGAAAAAAACCCACAUAUUGUUGUCGGAACGCCUGGAAGGGUAGAGCAUAUGAUUAACAUAAACGAGCUGAACAUGGACAACAUUAAGUUAUUUGUGAUUGACGAGGCUGAUGAAAUGUUAAAGGCUGGAUUCCAGGAGCAGGUGAAGUCUAUAUUCCGAAGAAUUACAAACAAGGAUGAGGUGCAGAUAGCAAUGUUCUCCGCAACAUAUGACGAAGAGGAGCUUAGGGUUAGUGAGGAAAUUCUCAUCAACCCUGUUAUAAUUGAUCUGAGAUAUAACGACCAAACACUUAAGGGGAUAAGGCAGUACUUCAUUGAUUUAAAGAAGGAGCCUCCAUUCAGAAAGGGAAGAGAAGACUAUCUGCUUCCCAAACUUGUGACUCUAUAUGAUAUAUUCCGUAAGCAACGUCUAGGACAGUCAAUUGUGUUUAUCAAUAGCAAAGAGGAUGCUAGGAUAGUUUAUGAUUGGUUGAUUAAACAUGAGUGGGAGUGCGAGCUUAUAUCUGCAGAGUUAACACAGGCUGAGAGAGAAAGAACAUUGAACAGGUUCAGAGGAGGAACUGCAAGAUGCCUAAUCUCCUCUGGGCUACUUUCAAGAGGAAUUGAUAUUCAGAACCUUUCUGUAGUGUUCUGUUUGGAUGUGCCAUCAUUUGAGAGAAAGAGUACCUAUAUCCACAGGAUAGGAAGGUCUGGAAGAUACGGAAGAAAGGGAAUAGCUAUAAACAUUGUUUAUGAAUACGAGCUGAAGAAUCUUAAAGCAAUCGAAAGAUUCUAUAACACUACCAUCAAGGAACUUCCUGCAGAUUUUAGUUUUCAAUAA